CAACAGGUGAUGCCGCAGGUCACGUGAUCGUGUCCUCUGGUUUUUAGUGCAGCUCUCAGUCAGACUGUGUCAGUGUUUGUGAAGUGAACAGAGGAACAUGGCUUCGCCCUUUCUCAGCUUCUCCCUCCUCUUCAUCAGCGUCUACGCAGCAGAUGGAUUUUGGCACUACACGGUGACCAGCUGUUUGUUUAGCUCCACUAAGCUGGAAGACAUCGAGUAUAUCCGGUCUUACUAUUACAACAAGAUGGAGUACAUCAGGUUCAACAGCACUGUGGGGAAGCACGUUGGAUACACUGAUUAUGGUGUAAAGAACGCAGAGCGCUGGAACAGUGGUCCAGAGUUGGACCGGAUGAGAGCUGAGAGGGAGAGGUACUGUCUUCGCAACGUUGGAAUUGACUACCAAGCUGCUCUGACUAAGUCCGUUGCACCCUCUGUCAGACUGCACUCUACGACGCCCCCUGCUGGUAAACAUCCCGCCAUGUUGGUCUGCAGCGUCUUCGACUUCUACCCCAAACAGAUCAGAGUGAGCUGGCGCAGAGACGGACAGGAAGUCACCUCUGAUGUCACUUCCACUGAUGAGCUGGCAGAUGGUGAUUGGUACUACCAGAUCCACUCUCACCUGGAGUACGCUCCCAGGUCUGGAGAGAAGAUCUCCUGUGUGGUGGAGCACGCCAGCCUGAAAGAACCUCUGGUUACUGACUGGGAUCCGUCCAUGCCUGAGUCAGAGAGGAACAAGAUCGCCAUCGGAGCCUCAGGACUGAUCCUGGGUCUGAUCUUAUCUCUGGCUGGAUUCAUCUACUACAGGAGGAAGGCCCGAGGACGGAUCCUGGUUCCCACUAACUGAGCCCGGUCCUGUAUCCUGCAUCUGGCCCUAGUCCUGGUCCUGGACCUGGACCUGGACCUGGUCCUGGUUCUGCAACCGUCGCUGUUUGUCAGAUGGAAGAAAAAUCAGCUGCUGCUUCAACUUGCUUUCUGUUUACAGCUCAGCAGACCCUCAGUGCUGCCACCUGCUGGACUGGCUGAACAGCUGAUUCUCUGAUGGUCUCUGCUGGUCUAAACCUGGUCCAGGACUGCCAUAUUGUUCACCACAGUCCUGGUCGUUGUCUCACCAUUUUGUCUUUCACUGUUUGUGCACUGAAUAUCUGAGAUGUUCAGGUUUUCUCAGAAAUCAUCAUCGGGACCGUGGCGAUCACUCUGACAGUCCUGGAUCGGGUUCGAUCUGGACUCUGCUGUACCAGCUGGAUCUGAGCUCUGCUUCACGUAACCCUGAUAUGCUGCUUUACUGUGUGAAAUCAAUAUUUUACAGCCACUUCUAUCCACAAACUGCCUCAAUGACUCUGGAUUUAAAUCAAAUAUGAUCCAGUUCUUUGAUUGAUUUUGGGCUCGCAGGUUGUGUGAUGGUCAGAUUUAUGUCACUUUACUGGAGUUGGACAUUUUCUAAUCACAAUAAACCAUCAGAAAACUCUCUGACA